AUGGAGAUGGUUCGAAAAUGGGUCAAGGACAAAUGGAAGCUGAAGGGGAGUGUUUCUCUCAGUGCUAUGCCUGAUGCCCUAUUCCUCUUCAAAUUCACUGCCGAGGAGGAUGUCACCCAUGUCCUCUCUGGUUGUUGGUCCUAUGGUCGUAAUAACCUCUCCCUCUAUCGCUGGAAGGCUGACUUUGAUCGUGCGGCUGACUUGCAAAAAACUGCACCGAUAUGGGUUCGUCUCCCGGGGCUCCCCCUUGAAUACUGGGAAGAAUCCAUCUUCAAAUGGAUUGGGAACUCAUUUGGCCACUUUGUAGGUGUUGAUGAAAUCACUAGAUCCAAAUCACGCCUAGUCUAUGAUCACUUUUGUGUCCAAGCUACUAUGAGCAAGAACCUCCCCAACUUCAUAACCCUUAAAUCUAAGUUGGGCAGCUGGACUCAAGCUUUGGUUUAUGAAAAUGCUACCCUCUUCUACCAAAAGUGUCGUAAAUAUGGGCAUGUUAUCUCUCAAUGCAAGGCCCCAUCACCCCCUCUCCUCAAGCUCAAGAGCCUGGCCCUGGGGGAGGACCCAGUGCCAAAUGCUCCUAUUAUUCAACAUGACCUUGGUGUGGGGCUUGUUAUCCCCCCUACUCCUGGCCCGGACCUGCCUCCCUCGGCUGUUGAAGACCUAGUUAUUGAAGAAUACCCAUUUGCUGAGAGUAUCAUCAACCUUCUCCAAUCUCCUGCAAAGAUUGUGGAGAAAGCCUCUAUUCCGGCUUGGAUGGUCCAGUGUAUGUCCCCGACGACCAACUUGGUUUCUCAAGCUGAUCAAUUGGAAGAUGGCGAGAUUGUGAGGGACCCCUCUCUCGUCCUGAAGAUAGCUCGCUCCCCAUUGGUGGCUCCCCCCCUCAACCAGGGCUUAUCUUCUCCUGGUGCCUUUGGUGCGUCAUUUAGUGGCUGCAUGACCCCUGCUGAUGAGGGCUGA